AUGAUCGUCCUAUCAUCAGAUACAACUGUCAAAGAAGUGUUGGACAAGAGGAGCGGCAAUUACUCUGAUCGGCCAGAUAUGUUUAUCGGCCAGAAAGUAGCCAGCGGCGAUCUCCGCCUUGUUGUGAUGAGAUACGGAGACAACUGGCGCAUGAUCCAUCGCAUGGUGCACAACAUCUUGAACAUCAAGGCUGCUGUCACUUACGUCCCUUACCAGGACCUCGAAAACAAGAUUCUUUUGAAUGACCUCUUGGAAACUCCUUCCGAUUUUCUCCAGCACAUCAGAAGAUUUACCUACUCUCUUUCUACACAAAUGAUAUACGGUUAUCGCUGUACUGAUAAUCAUGACCCAAAGCUUCUGCAGUUGUUCGAGAGUUUCGAGAACUGGGGCAAGUUGUCCGGAAGCUCUAGCGCCCAGUUGGCAGACAUCUAUCCUUUCAUUCAAAGCUUGCCUAGUUCUAUUGCACCGAACGUUAGAUACGCCAAGCAACUGUACAAGAUAGAGAGCCAGAACUAUCUCCGACAUUGGAUGAUGUCGAAGACAGCGCUCGACGACGGAACAGGACUGCCCUGCUUCUGCAACGAUAUAUAUCGCGCUCAGACGCAAGAGGGCUUUAGCGACGAUGCUGCUGCUUAUAUCAGCGGCUCGCUGCUCGAAGCAGGCUCAGACACAACGGCAGGAACUCUCUAUGGUUUCAUUCAGGCCAUUAUCGUCUGGCCAGAAGUACAGAGAAAGGCCCAGGAGGAGAUUGAUCGCGUGGUUGGUCAUGACCGUCUACCCACCGUCGAUGACUACCAGAAUCUGCCUUAUAUCCGCUGCUGCAUCAAGGAGAGCCUGCGGUGGAUGCCGACUGUUUUCCUUGGUGUACCUCAUGCAGCAUUUAGGGAUGACGUUUACAUGGGUUACAACAUCCCGAAAGGCGCGACUGUGAUUAACAAUGUGUGGGCCAUUCAUAUGGAUGAAGAGCGCUCACCAAAUCCCCGCGUAUUUGAACCCGAGCGCUUCAAGGACGAUCACACGACACUCUACCAAUCCGCCAUGGGAGACACGAAGAAGCGUGACAAUUUUGUCUUCGGCGCGGGACGACGCCUUUGCCAGGGCAUUCAUAUCGCUGAAAGAUCCCUAUUUCUGGGCAUGUCGAGGCUCUUAUGGGCAUUCGACUUCUCGCCUGCCCUAGAUAUUCGAGGUAAUACGGUGAAAUACGACACCGAGGACCUCGUCGGUGGCAUUACUGUGCAGCCAUCUGAAUAUCCCGCCCGAAUCAAGCCUCGGUCGGCGGGGAAGGCCACUAUCAUAAGACACGCUGCUGAGAAGUGUAAGCAGUUGCUGGACCCGGUCACCAUGCAAUGGAAGCAGGUCCCAGAGGGCAUGGCCUUCAGUACAUGGAUACCAGACAGCAACUAUGAACACUCCGACGACAUGUAG